AUGCUGCUGUUCCACGUGCGGGGCGAGGUCUCCCUGCAGAGCGAGGGCACGGCGGCCCAGGUGCGCAGCGCCCUGCGCGCCGCCGUCGCCGAGGCGCUGGGCGUGCCCGAGGCGGCCGUCUCGGUGGCUGCCGCGCUCGCCGGCGGCCGGCGUCUGGCCGCGUGGGCGGCGGAGUGGCGGUCCGUGGCCGAGGGUGCAGAGGCUGCAGGCAGCCUCCUGCAGUCUGCGUCCAGCAUGCACGGCGACCCCAGCGCCCUGGCGGGCGGCCUGGAGAGAUGGUUUGCAGGUACGGGCCUUGCUUUCGACAGCGCGUCCAUCUCCGUCGGUGAGCCCGUCAUGGAGAGCCUCGCGCCGAGCCCGGCGCCGACGCCUGCCCCGCCCACCCCGUCGCCGCCCACCGCCGGCCCCACGCCCGCGCCAACGGCCCCCGCCCUCUCCGCGGGGGCCGCGGCAGUGGCGUCGUCGUUGGUGAUGGAGACCGAGUCGCAGGAGACGAGUGUGCUCGACGGGCUCUUCGAGGCCGCUGAUGUCUCCGAGGUCGUGGUCGCGAGCGUCGGCGGGGUUGCGUCCGUCGUGGCCGCCUCCGUGGCCACCGCGGUGGGCGUCACCGCUGGGACCGUCGUGGACGCGGCCGCGGUGGCGAGCAGCGGCGCUUCGGCGGUGGAGAUCCCCGUCCAGGACGUGGUGCGCUCCCAGGUCGUCAGGGUGCUGGUGCCCUCCGCGGUGGUCGUCCAGGCGGCCAACGGGAGCGCAAGCGUGAGCGCGAGCGUGAGCGUUGGGGGCAGUGCCGUGGGCAUUGCGGUCACCAUUCUGGCCGGAACGUUCCCCGAGACGGAGGCGGCGUCGGCACAGGUGAGCGUGGUGGUGCGCGACAGCAGGGGCAACGAGCUCUCGGGUGUGCAGCUGGACGAGCCCGUGGACCUCGUGCUGCUGGAGAACAGGAGCGAGGGCCUGCUCUGUGCGUGGUGGGACGGCGCUGCAGUAGCAUGGUCCACCUCUGGUGUCGAGGAGGUCGUCCAUGAGGGGCCCCAGUUCAUUUGCAGAACGCAUCACCUGUCGAUCUUCACCGCUUUAGUCCGUAUCGUGAGCACCCUGGAGAGGGCUCUGGUCUGUUCGAACUCGAAGGUUUUUUCUGCUGAGGCCUUCAAGCGCGCCACCAGCGGCGCGGCGUGGAUCUACACCUUCGAUGGUUUCGUGUAUCUGCUUCUUGUUUUAGUUACAGUUGUCCUCAUGAUUAUGUCUUGUUACUUGGACUCGCGGUGGAGGCGACGGUACGAGUGGCAUGACGUUUCUUUCUGCACCACAAACGAAACCUUGAAGGAAGAGAGAAAGGGCAUUGUCCAGAAGAUUACUGAUGCUUACAAGGAGCAGCUCGAUAUCUCCCGGAUAUCCAAGAGUUUGACUUAUCAUGCUGUGGCAUAUGAUCAGAAAGUGGCUGUCCAGAGCAUUGAGAACCUCUUGAAGGGGCGAUUACAUAUCGACGGUAAUGGCACUAGGAGUUCUCAAAGUGGCCUGUCAGCAGCUCUGAGGAACGCAGGCGAGAGAGUGGACGCGGCCGUAGACAAUGUUAUCGACAUCGCAAACCAUGCCGUCGUUGCCACGGGUCAGGCUGCCAGCAACAGCAGCAAGAAGCUGUUGGAGCGGACCGGUACCAGCAAGAGCAGCAAGGUGGACGUCGCGAGGGAGGUGCCCGAGAUGCUCUCCGUGAGGGUGAUCCGGCUCUGCGACACAUUCUGGCAGUCGCGCUGGCGACUGCAGCUCUGGAUCAUCUUCGUGUCCGUCAACAGGUGGGUCCAGUGGCACCACUACAGCAUCUACGAUCGCAGCACCACCCGCGGCGUGCUUCUCACGGGCCAGGUGUGGGGCGCGGUGGCGGUGAUCGCCCUCUUCAGCGAGAACACUGGCAGCAGCCUGAGCCACGGCAGCGACGCGCAGUGUGAGGCCAACGGUUUCUGGGAGAAGGUGCAGAUGGACGUCGCCGUGGGGUUUUGGUCCGCGAUCAUCUCCUCGGCCCCCUUGGCUGCGGCGCAGGCGGUACUGCUGCGCAGGCGGUUCGUGUUUCAGUCGGAGUGGGAGAUCAGCCACCAGUUGAGCUACUCGCGCUGGUGGAGGACGCAGGAGCAAGUGCUGCUCCUCCUGCUUAGCCUCUACACCGCCGCCUGCAUCCUGUACGUGUGGCUCUUCCUGGCCAGCGUCACCCCGAUGUCCCGGUUGCACAUGACCGCAUCCAGCAUCAGCAGCGUGUUCACGAAAGUCUUCGUGGCCCCUCUGGGCAUAUCGAUGGGCCUCCUGUUUCUGGCCACCGUGCACCAGCGGCUGCGCCCAGACACGUUGCCGAAGAUCAAGGAGGACAUCAGAAGGAGGUUCGAGUCCGACGAGAUGGAGCAGAUGGCGCUCGAGACAAUCUCCCAGCCAGGGGAAAAGUCCUGCGAGGAGCCCGAGGUGGAGCCUGAAGAGAACGUCGUCGUGCCCAUGCUGCCCGGCGCCCUGAGCGACAGCGACGACGACGACCUUGCCGUGGAGGAAGACGCCCUUGGCAUCGUCUUCGGGAUGCGGUACGAGCACGCCGACCAUCGCGAGUUCUGCAGCGCGCUCCGGCUUGGCUUGCUGGGGAUGGGCGUCGGCGCCGCUGGCCUGAGCGAGGUGCACGUCGCCCUUCACGAGAGCCCCGACGGCGGCACGGUCGCCAAAAUCAGCGGCCCCGUGCCCGCGAUCGUCGAGAUCGAGGUCACGGACCUGGUGGAUCUCCUCCAGGUCGCCGGGUGGAAGCCCCUGGAGGUUCAGCCGUCGGGCCAUCGCACCCGCGGUGCCGACCGGCUGUACCGGGUGCUGGAGAAGGCGCGCCAGGCAGAGGACGAACUGCGCGCUUGGCUCGAGGCCGCGGCGGCGCGCGAGAGAGAGGUGCUCGAGGUGGAGCGCUUCGUGGGCGCGGUGGAGCGGCUGUGGCACCAGAAGGGCCAGACGCUCCUCGAGGCGAGCGGGCGGUGCGCGGCAGCGAGCAGCGGCGGGGGCGGCCCGGGGCGCUGCGUCGAGCCGCUGCAGCUGGAGACGCUCGCGGAGGCCUGCCAGAAGGCGCGGGAGGGGGACACGCCCGACCUGGCUCUGGCCGCCGCUGCCUCGGCCGGCCCUCCUCCGGCCAUCCUCGCCUGGCUGGCGGGCGCCGUGCGGGGCUGCGACCUCGACCGGCUGUUCGGCUGCGCGGGGCGGCCGGGGAGCCGGGCCUCCGGCGCCAGCGCGGGCGCGGGGCACAACCCGGAGGUGCUCCGGGCGGCCAGCCUCGCGGCGUGCGCGUGCUUCAGUCAGGUGGACGACCUCGACUCGAGGUCGGGGAGGGAUGCACUCGAGGGCCUCCAGGUCUGGGUGAAGUGGCUGUGCUUCCUGGCUGCCUCCGCCAGGACUCUCGAGGCGCCCAUGACGGUCACCUGCGCCCUCUGGGACCUCCCCGAGGAGGCGCUGCGCGAGCUGCGAGGCAGGGCGGCCGGGGACCCGCUCUUCUGGGCCGCCCCCGUCGUCGCCACGGACGCCGUCGCCCGCCGCGACCCGGCGCCCGAGCCUGGCGAGCCCAGCGCGGUGAUCACGAUCUCCGGCGUGACGCGGGCGCUCCCGCUGUUCGAGAUGAGCUCGUCGCCGGAGGAGCGGGAGUGGCUCCUGCCGCCGUUCGCCGCGCUCCGCGUGGAGCGCGCCGUGUGCGGCGAGGUGCUGCGGCUGGAGGCCGCCUGCGCCGGCUGCGCCCUCGGCGGGAGCCUGCUGCGGCAGGCGGAGCAGGACUUCUGCCAGAGCUCCGAGGACCUGAGCGUGGUGCAGGCCAGGAUGGAGAGGGAGCGCGCCGCCCAGAAGGCGAAGCUGGACGAGGCCCGGCAGAAGGUCCGGUCCGCCGUCAAGGCUAUCCGGCGCGCGGCUGGCUGCUCGUCGGUGCGGUCGUCGAUGGUGCAGCCGCGCGAGCUGAUGCCGCAGCCAGAGCCCCUGAUCUUCCACUGACGGGCUGCGUCGCGUUGCUGUUUUUCGUUGUGUUAGCUGGGACAGCGGUCGCUGGCGGCAGCAGCUUGGCACUGCACGGCCGAUUUGCUCGUCUCGUCCAGUAAGCCUCAGAGAACACGAGAUGGAUGAACAUCAAUUUUCGGAUGUCCGCGCGGAUUUCUCGCAUCGGCGCUAGAAGCCCCUUGCGGCGCCUGCGGGGGGGAGGGGGGUCCAGCUCCAAUCGCAGACACCCGCGUGGACCUCCGAUAAAGUAUGUUUAUGCUGGAUUUUUGUUCCUCGACAGCUUGUUCGUCUCACCCACCAGGUCGCUGGUGGCAUUGCCACCUUGGCGUCAUACGGGCGCGUUCGGUGGCCAGUCAGGGGAGCCUGGUGCACCCUCUUAGUUCCGUCUCUGGCGCCGACUGGCGUCUGCAGCCGGCGAGAUAGCGCCGAUUUGGCGUCGGGAUCUGCGUCUCGCGUCGACUCAGCAUCGAUUCGCAAGAGCCGGCAGGACGGUGUGGGAGGCUGCCGCGUGUUGCCACCGAAGGUGCGUGAGAGUGUCUCAUCCCGGCGGCCUUCUGGCUCGGCCUCCUCCUCCUCCUCCGACCACGCGCGAGCACCAGCCCCCCGAUCGUGGGAGCCGGGCCGCAGUC